CGCCCACGAGUCUUUAUACGCAUGCUCUUCCGCGCGGGAGGUAGGGAGGGCAGGGUGCUGUCAUGGCUGCUGCUGUAACGCCGGCGCAGACGGACGGACUCACUGAAAAUCAAGAGAUUCAGUCCGCGUCAGGAGCCCUGGUGGAGUUCACCUCAACCCCCGGUGGCCUGGCCCUGGUGAGUCCCUACCACACCCGCCGGUCUGGGGACCCCUUAGACCUCGUGGCGCUCGCACAGCAGGUGCAGAAGGCUGAUGAAUUCAUUCGAGCAAAUGCCACCAACAAACUGACAGUCAUAGCUGAGCAAAUUCACCAUUUGCAAGAACAAGCCAGGAAGGUAUUGGAAGAUGCUCACAGAGAUGCUGACUUGCACCAUGUAGCUUGUAAUAUGGUGAAAAAACCUGGCAACAUUUAUUACCUUUAUAAACGGGAGAGUGGUCAGCAAUACUUUUCCCUUAUUUCUCCAAAGGAAUGGGGAACAAGGUGUCCACAUGACUUCCUUGGUGCCUACAAGCUACAGCAUGACUUGUCCUGGACUCCUUAUGAGGACAUCGAAAAGCGAGAUGCUAGCAUUAGCAUAGUGGACAAGUUGCUAAGCCAGCCAAUGGCUCUGCCUCCAUGCAGUGAACCUAAUUUCCAAGGACUGACUCAUUGAGAGUGGUCUCUGACAAACAGCUCUCAUGGCAAGGAACUGACUGUGACCUCCUUGUUGCCCCCAUUCUCUACCUUGAUGUCAUGAGAAUUGAGGGGAUGUAGGUGAGUCAUGAACUUCUUGGAAAGACACCCUGUGUGAAUGGUCAAUGCUGUCAUUAUUCUCUCUUUUAGUUGGGAUAGUAAUGAACCACAGUGCUCUGUUUUGGGGUCCUCUCUGGGCCACAGCUACCCAACCAGUCAGUUUUACAGUAUUGGCCUCUGUACUUUCCUUUUCCUUCAGCUCCAUCUGUUCUCUCCAUAAAUUAAAGCAUUGGCACAAGAAGAGUUUCUUCUUCCCACAAAAAAUAUGUGUCAUUUCCAGACAGAACUGUUUUCUUUUGUUUUGAAGCUAGAGACUUUAAGAUUAGGAUUGAGACUAUUUGACAUUUGCCUUUAUUUAAAGUGAUGCAACCCCAGCUUCAAAUUCAUCUGGGAACAAGAAUGCUGGGUAUUGGAGGAUGACAAACAACUUGGUUUGGCUAGCCUAAAGAGUUUCCCUUGAUGGAGAAUCUGAGGCAGUAGCAAAGGCCAGGAUUUGGGGGUCAGCCUCUAAAAUCACAGAAUUUUAGAAUUGGAAGAGAUGUUAGAGACUGCCACUAACCAUUGUAUGAAGCCUUCUGCAGCAGAAGAAACCCACUUAAAAUGGCAACUUUAAAAGAUUAUGGGACAGUGAAUAGGGCAUGGAGUGAGGAAAAAGAAAAACAGCUGACCUGUUGAUUAUGAGUAGCUAAUUAAAACUUAUUUUUGUCUGAGUUGUUCAGGAACUUAACAGGGUUUUUUGUUUUGUUUUGUUUUUUUCUUUUCUUUCUUUUUUUUGGCUGAGUUACCCUAGUUCUGAUUCUUACUGGGCUUUUAUGGGACUGUAUCUCAUUUCCUGUUUGUUCAACAGGAAUUAACUAAAUUUAUACCAUAUCCAAUAUGGCUGUAUUUCCUUCAGUGCCAUGUCGUCUAUCACAAUAUGCUGUAGAUGGACCAAAACCAUAAUCACCCAAAUUCCUUUCUGGGCAUCAGUGUCCCUCAUGCUGAUCUGCUUGAUAAUACUCUGAUUCCAUCGUAAUGUUCAUGGCCUUUCCUUGUAAGCUGCCCUCGUCAGGGACGAUAAAUGGUCUGCUAAGGCCUAGCACAGGAUAGAGCUGACACUGACAAGGUUUAAAAAGAAAAAAAAGAUGUCCACAUUGGUGGUACCCAGUCACUCAGUUCAGAGAGGAUGUUCUGUGGAGGUAGCUGCAAGAGCUGCUCCCUGGGAUGCUGCAGAGCAGUGGAGAAUAGACAUUAGUGGUACAGAGGUUGAUUCGGACUAUAGAAAGUCUCCCAGAUGUUCAGAAGAUUCCGACCUGCAUGGUUAUGGCACAUUUUAAGUAGAUGUUUAUAUGAGGUAUCUAUUGCUGCGUAACAGAUCACCAGAAACUUAAUGGCUUAGAACAACACAUUUAACUUUUUCAUAGUUUCUGUGGGUUUGGAGUCCAGGCACAGUUUAGCUGGGUCCUCUGCUUCAGGGUUUCUCACAAGGCUGCUAUCAGGUUGUUGGCCAGGGCUGGGGUCUCAUCUGAAGACUCAAGUAGGGAAAGAGCCAUUUCCCAAGUUUAUGUCAUUGAGAAUUUUAGUUUCUCAAGGGUUAUUGGACUGAAGGGUUCUGUGUACUGACUGUUAGAGGCUGCUCUUAGUUCCAUGCUACAUGGGCCACCCCAACAUCGCAAUUACUUUAUCAAAACCAGCAAGGGAGAGAAUCUGCAUACAAGACAGAAGUCACAAUCUUAGGUAGUCUAAUUAUGGAAGUGACAUCCCCAUCACCUUUGCUGUAUUCUGUUGGUUAGAAGAUAGUCACUAGGACAGUCCUACACUCAAGGGAGGGUAUUUCACAGGAGUAUGAAUACCAAGAGGCAGGGAUCAUUGAAUCAUGGAACAGAUCUUAGGAUCCGUCUGCCGCAGUGCUCAAGUCAAAGGGAUGAAAGGAGGUCCUAGAUAAAAGGGGCAGUAAUACAAAGUGGCUGGGCAUGUCGGUGUUGAAGUUCCAGAUCUGGACUUGGCUCUCAGCUCUGACAAAACAUCCCAGCUGGUGUCCCUGCUUCCCCCUUUAUCCCCUCUCCAAUCCCUUUGGCAUAGUGUCAUCAGUUUGAUCUUUUGAAAAUGCGAAUCCCGCUCACUCUUGACAUAUCCAAACUACUGGAGAAGGAAAGAACAGUGGUGAUUCAAAGAAAACUUCCUACUGUUAAUAGGGUGUGCUACCUACACGAACCACCAGGUAGUGCCAUUGUUCUUUCCUGAUAAAGCAAAUUACCAAAUUAGGGAAGGUUAGUGGCAGUGUGAGGUGAUUUUGAAGGUAGCAUCUCAAAAUGGGGAACUAGGACCCAGUGAGUAUAUGUCGUAACCAUUUUUCAUCCACCUAUCAUCUAUUCAUCCAACCAAUUAAUAAUUUCAUGUGUUAAGUGUCUUCUAGGUCCCAGCUUCUGUAGAUUACACACCUGAAUAAGCAGGCCCUCUUUCCAAGGAGCUCACAGUCUCUUGAGGGAGAAAGCGAGUGAAAAAUUACAACAUGGUAUAAGAAGGGCUGUGAUAGAGGUAUGCAUGGAGGAUUAUGGAGCACUGGGGAGUGGAACCCAACUCAGCUUGGAGGAUUUGGGAAGACUCAGAGAUGAUACCAUCUCAUAUCUCUGAAUCCUGGAUGCUUCUAACAGUCAAUGGCAUGUCACAGUUUAAUUGGCAGUUUAUUUUUCUUAGAUACUUAAAAUAACGGUGUGUUCUACAAUGAGUGGUAUCUUAGAUUUGAGGAAAUAUGGCAUUUUGAAAGUAUAUCUUAUCUUGUUAACUUAUGUGGGGGUGGGGAUGAGUAAGAGGAAAGAAUCUUAGAUAAUGCUUGACUUUCUGAGUUGAGGACUGUGUGGAUGGUAGAGAACCACUCAACAAAAUACAAAAGAAGAAGACAUCCCAAGGUCACUGGGUAACAGCAAUUGUAGCUCCUUUUCUCCACCCUAAAUGGAGGGAAGGAGAACUUGCUAUUGUCAAUCUGUCUAGAAACAUUGAGAUUAUUAGUGUUGUGGUUACAAAGAUGAAAAAUACUGUUUAUUGAGUUUUUAUUCUGCCAAACAUAUCCAUAAUCUCAUUUAAUCUUCAAAUAACCCACUAUCUAUGAGGUAUGUAUUACUCCUAUUUUACAAAGUAGGAACUUAUGCUCAGACAGAUUAAGCAGCUGGUCCAUGUUUAUAUAGAUGGAAAGUGGUAGAAGUAGGAUUCAAACCCAGACCCAUUUGAUUCAAGUCUGAUCAUAACCAUAACCCUUCUGUGAUCAAUUAAGAUAUCCUAGAGGAUCCUAAUCUAGAAGAGACAUUGAAAUACAAAAGUGGUAGAGUAUGAUGUAUAUAUGGGAUAGGAGUAGUUAACAUUUGAGCAUUUACCAGUGCCAUCUCUGCUAAGCAUGCAGAGAUUUAGGAAAAUUUUACUCUGUGCUAUGUAUUUUCUUAUCAACUUCUCACAGUUAAAAUGUAAAUCAAAGCCCAGAGGAUUUAGGUAACUUACAAAGUUCACACAAUUCACAAGCGGUUGAGCCCACAACUCUGGCACUAAAGCUGGUAGGCAUAAUCCCUGUGCACAAGAUAUGGUUCAUUCUUUCCCUUAAUAAGCUGGAGCUUGGAGGAAGGAGCUACUAAAUGCCUGGAGAAGUUAAAGUAGAAUUCUGUAGUUUAAAGCAGCAUUUGAGUAAGUGAGCCAGUCCCUACUUGAAAGCUUUUUCAUUUUUCUGGAAUAUAUUAUUAUCUUCUGCUUUUCUCCUACUUUGUCUCCUGACUUCUCUUCCUGACACCAACAUUUUGCACUGAGGUCAAGUCCUUGGUCUUCUCUUCUUUCUUCUUUCUCUCUGCUAAAAGAAGUAAUCCAUAUCUGUGGUUUUAUACACCAUCCACAUGAUUCUGACUCUGAUAUGCACAUCUCUAGCCCCAGUCUCUCCCAUUUUCAUGCAGACUUGUUUAUCCAGUGCCUUACUUGACAUCUCCACUUGGCUUACAAUAAUUAUAAACUUAACAUGUCCAAAACUAAACCCUUGAGUUCUCUCCAAAAACCUGUUUCAUUACAAGUCCUCUAUUUUCAUCAGCACCUAUUUCACCUUGUUUCUGAGGCCAAAAACCUAAGUUGUCCUUGGUUCCAUUUGUUUUUCACACACCAAUCAGCGAGUCUUCUCAACUCUGCCUUCAAAAUUCAUCUCAAAUCCGACUGCUCCUCACUACCUCCACCCCUACCACCUUAGUCCAAAAUACUAACAUCUCUGGCUCAGACUAAUGCCAAAAGAGCCUCCUAACUGGCUUCCCUGCUUCCACUCUUACCCUCCUUCAAUCUGUCUCCAUAAAGACUGUCAAAAUAAUCUUUUAAAAAUACAAGUUGAAUCACAACACUAUUUUAAAACGUUCCAAGUAUUUCUCAUUACACCUAGAAAUAGAAACUUCUUGCCAAGGUUCUACCAUUCCCUUUACUCACCAUGCCCUGCUACAUUGGCCUUGUUGUUUUUCUAACACACCAAGCAUGUUCCUGUUUCAGGGCCUUUAUAUUCGCUAUUAUAUCUGCCCGGAAUAUUUCCCCCAAGAUCUUUGCAUGGUUUGAGGCCUCUCAUCAUAUAGGCUCCUGCUCAAAUAUUACUUCCCUGAUCACUCUAUGAAAAAUACUAACUCCUCUCACAUCAGAGUAACUUCUGAUCCUGUUGUGUUUUGGACCCCAAGCCCUCCAUGAUCACCUCCAUACCCGUAUCCUGCCAUUCUCCUGGAAGACCUCAUACCCCAGCAGCAGGGGUCGACUACCUCUAACUGAUGCAGAUCCUGGUCUUUACUAAAACUUAAACCUGGAUCCCAAAUCUGUUUGAGGAGUAACAGAAUAUCACAGAUCCAUGAACUCAUUCCAUCUUAAUGGAAUUUUUCUUCCAAUCUAUUAACAGAAAAUAUUCUAUCAUUUAUUUAGGUUUUCAUUAAUUCUUUUAGCAAUGUUUUUUUUUUUAUUUAAUUUUCUGUGUACAAGCACUUUAUAUCUUGGUUAGAUUUAUUCCUAGAUUUUUGAUUAUUUUAGUUGCUCUUGUGAAUGAAAUUUUUUCCUUGAUUACUUCUGAUUAUUCCAAGUUUGUAUAUAGAAACAGUAAAAAUUUUUAGCUGUUGAUCUUGUACCCCACCACUUUGCUGAAUUCAUGUAUUAGGUCAAGUGCCUUUCUAUAUAUAGGGUCAUGUCAUCUGCAAAUAGUGAAUGUUUUACUUUUCCUUUCCAAUUUGCAGGAUUUUUAUUUGUUUUUCUUGCCUAGAUGCUCUGACUAGAACUUCUAGAACAAUGUUGAACAACAGUGGAGACAGUAGACAUCUUCGUCUUGUUCCAGAUUUUAGAGGAAAGCUUCAUUCUUUGACUACUAAGUAUGAUGUUAGGUUGGGUUUGUCACUUAUGCUCUUUAUCAUGUUGAGGGAGUUUCCUUCUAUUCUUACUUCCUAAGUAUUUUUAUCAAGAAAGAAUGCUAUGUUUUGUCCAAAGCAUUUUCUGCAUCCAUUGAGAGGAUCAUGUUGUCUUUUCCCUUCUUUUUGAUAAUGUUGUGUAUUAUACUCUUUGAUUUUCUAGUGUUAAACCAUCUUGCAUUGCCUGGGAUAAAAUUCACUUAACUCUUGUUUUUCUUUCAUUCACUGUUGGAUUCAAUUUGCAAGUAUUUUUGUUUAGGAUCUUUGCACCUAUAUUCAUAAGAGAAAUUGGUGUGUAAUUUUAUUUUCUUGUAGUAUCUUCAUGUGGCUUUGGCAUUAGGGUAAUUUUGGUCUCAUACAAUGAAUUAGGUAGUGUCACCUUCUCUUCAGUUUUUUGGAAGGGUUUGAACAUGAUUGGUAUUAAUUUUUCUUGGAAUGAAUGGUAUAAUUCACCUGUGCAGACAUCUGAUUCUGAGCUAUAUUCUUAGUUGGGAGAUUUUUGAAGACUUAUUAAAGCUCUUUGCUUGGAAUUGUUCUGUUGAGAUGUUCUAUUUGUUGUAUAGUCAGUGUAGGUUGUUUGUGUUACCAGUAAUUUGUCCAUUUCAUCUAGUUUGUCCAAUUUAUCAGCAGAUCUAUUUUCAUAGAUUCUGUUUUGAUAAGAGAUUCUUUUGAUCCUUUUUUUUCCUAUGGAGUCAGUAAUAUGCAUAAAGACUGUAUGACAAGUUCAAGGAUUAUGAUAUAUGCAACUUACUAUCAUUUUUUUGAAAAUAGGUAUAUAUAUAUAUAAUUAGAUAUAUAGAUAGGUAAAGGAUGGAUAGAUAGACACACAUAUAGACAGAAUUAUACAAAUGGCAAAAUAUUAAAGGUAGACAAAUAGGGUAUGUGGGUAUGGGGUAUACUGGGGUUCUUUGUAUUAUGUAACUGUCCUUAACUUUAAAGUUAUU